AUGGCGAGCGGGCACGACGGGCCUGAGGCUUACCGCAACAGGAGCGAUCACGGUGAGCUGAGCGACUAUGACUCAAGAUCCAACGAACCGAAACGAAGGAGAAUAUGGCAGGAGGAUGAAGACAUCGUUCGAAAUCAAGAGCAGAAGGGAUCUCCAGCUAGACUGCAGCAUGUUGAAUACACUGUAGGGUGGAUAUGCGCCCUGCCUAUUGAGCUGGCUGUGAGUGAGGCCAUGCUAGAUCAGGUCCACGAAAGCCUGCCAACAAAAGAUAACGACGAUAACGUAUACACUCUUGGGAGUAUAGGCAAACAUAACAUAGUUAUGGCAUGCCUUCCAUUCGGCCAAUAUGGCACCAACAAUGCGGCAAUUGUAGCCAGUAACAUGCACCGAAGCUUCCCAUCCAUUCGUAUUCGACUAAUGGUUGGUAUUGGCGGUGGCGUGCCAGGUGACUUGGAUAUUCGCCUCGGUGAUAUUGUGGUCGGCACUAAAGUGAUACAGUACGACAUGGGGAAAAUCGUCUCUGGUGGUCGGAUCCAACGAACAGGCACGCUUAGAGUGCCACCUCCUCUUCUUCUGAAAGCCAUUGCUCAGCUUCAGGCUCGUCACGAAAGGACAGUUAGCAACGUGCCUUCUAUCCUCAACGCCAUGGUUGGGCGUUAUCCCCAACUGGCAAAAUGCGCUUUCCCAAGCUUGCUCGAUGAUAGGCUGUUUUGGUCCACAUACGAACAUAAUCAGCAGUCGGACUGCAGCCAGUGCGAUUAUUCCAAGUUACAUAACCGGCCCGCGCGCCCUAAUCACGAUCCCAAGGUUCAUUACGGCGGCAUUGCGUCUGGAAAUCAGGUUGUGAAAAGUGGCAGGGACCGGGACAGAUUGGCUGAGGAACUUGAUAUCAUAUGUUUUGAGAUGGAAGCAGCUGGUCUGAUGGAUGUCUUCCCUUGUCUUGUGAUCCGGGGAAUCUGUGAUUAUGCAGAUUCCCAUAAGAACAAGCAAUGGCAACCAUAUGCAGCGGCAACAGCAGCAGCUUUCGUCAAAGAACUGUUAUCUAUUUUUACACCAAACCCGAUAAUAGAGUCUGAAGUGACCGUUCAGAGCAGGCGGACACAAAGAACACAAGUACCAACUGCUAAAAACGACGAAAGGAUGCGGCAAAUUCGUCGAACCGAACUGAUGAAAUUAAUACGAUUCCACUACAUUGAUUCCCGUCAUGCAACAAUCAAAUCGGCGCAAAGAAAAACUUGCGAAUGGAUUCUAGAACAUCCUUUUUAUAAGGAUUGGCUCGAUCCUGCCAAGGCGUCCUAUCACCAUGGCUUUCUGUGGAUUAGCGGGAAACCGGGUGCUGGAAAGUCGACUUUGAUGAAAUUCGCCUUUGGGAACAUCAGCAAAAGCCCAGACACAUCCACCGCACAUACGUCGUUCUUCUUCAAUGCUAGGGGAGAUGAGUUAGAAAAGUCGACAGAGGGAUUAUAUCGAUCCUUGUUGUUUCAACUUCUGGAGCACUUCCCAGAUUUACAGUCGGUUUUUGACGACACCAAUCUUGUUCCACUAAAGCUGGCAGUGUGUCCUACUGUCGAGGUUCUUCGGAAGUUGUUCGAAAAUGCUGUAAUGUGCCUGGAUCAGCGUCGUCUAAUCUGUUUUGUUGACGCUCUUGACGAAUGCGAUGAAGAACAGGUGCGGGAAAUGGUGGAGUACUUAGAAGGCCUUGCAGAAGACGCUACAACAAUCGGGGUGCGUCUGCAAAUCUGCUUCUCUAGCCGUCAUUAUCCGCAUCUAGACAUCAAACACGGCUUGAAGCUCACUCUGGAGUACCAAAUUGGCCAUGGAAAAGACUUGGAGAAAUACGUCAGAGACCGACUGCAAGUCGGCCAACGUUCAGAUGCCGAGGAGAUCAAGAUCGGAGUCCUAGAAAAGGCUAACGGCGUCUUUAUGUGGGUUGUCUUGGUAGUUGAUAUCCUUAACAAGGAAUAUCGACGAGGCCGCAUCUCUGCAGCAAAAAAGAAACUGGGGGAGAUUCCCGGCCAAUUAGGCGAACUGUUCAAGGAUAUCCUAAGGCGCGAUAAAGAGAACAUGGACGAUCUUUUACUCUGCAUUCAGUGUAUUCUCUACGCAAAGCGACCGUUGCUACCAACAGAGUUUUACUUCGCAAUGCUCUCUGGACCAAAGGAGGACCUUGUAAUAUACGAUUCCGAUAAGAUUACUGUCGAGGACCUAGACUUGUGUGUCGUCAGCUCGUCAAAAGGAUUAGCAGAGAUCACCAAGUCAGACGAUGGAACCGUUCAAUUUAUCCAUGAGUCUGUACGGGAUUUCCUUGUCAAAGACAAAGGACUACAAGAGCUUUGGCCUCACUUGGGUCAGGGUUUUGGUAAUCAGAGCCACGACACGCUCAAGCAAUGCUGUCUAUCAUAUAUCCAGUUCGCAAUUUCAAGCGAACUGCACACUUCCAGAGUCCUUCCUGAAGUCAAUUCGGAGGAAGCGAAACUGCUCCAGCAAAACACUUCAGAACGUUUUCCAUUUAUUCGAUACGCCAUCCGAAAUGUACUCCAUCAUGCCGACUUCGCUGCAGAAAUCACUUCUCAACAACCCUUUCUAGAGCAAUUUCCACUUCAGGACUGGAUUUACCUUACUAACCUGUUUGAGGACCGCAAAAUCCUACACUACCCACCCAACUUAGACAUUACAUACCUCCUCGCGGAAAGGGGUCUUAACAAACUACUGGAGUUACACUUGCAGCAUCAUCCUCAUACCCACGUUAGGGGCGGACAACAUGAAUUCGCGCUCUUUGCUGCCUUGGCUAAUGAGCAUAACAGUUCAGCCAAGUUAAUCCUUGGGCAGUCUGACCACGAGUCUGAAUAUGAUUUGGAUGAAAUAUUGAGCAGGAUAAAUCUAAGUUCCUAUCGAAAAGGAGAAGGACUUCUUCAUUGGGCGAUCGAAGAAAAGCACGCUGCUAUUGCGGGCAUUCUAAUUAAUUCCAAAACGUUUGACUGGACUACGAAAGGCUCAUUUGGACGCACAGCACUUCAUUCUGCGGCUCUUGUCGGUGACGUGGCUACUGCUACAUUGCUGCUUCACAAGGUAGAUGAGGCUUAUCAACAAGGCUCAAAAGCAUCAACACGAAGAGCCAGUCAGGCAAGCAGUCUGCAGUCACUCAACAUUUGCAUUGACAAAUCUACAUAUAUAAACUUGGAAAAUUCCAAGCAUUCCACACCAUUAUCAUUUGCUGCUGAGAAUGGCCAUGAGGAUUUUGUACGAAUGUUGCUCGAGUUGGGAGCAAAUCUCGAGUCUCAUCCUGGACAUAGAAGUCCAUUGUCAUUGGCAUCUGGAAAUGGAUUCGACCCGAUUGUGCGACGUCUUCUAGAACACGGCGCUGACGUCAAUUCAAAAGACUCAAAAAAUCAAACACCGCUAUCGUUUGCCGCCGCCAACGGCCACCACAAUGUGGUCCACACCCUCUGCCAGUAUGAGGCGACAAUUAAUACACAAGAUUUAUAUUCCCAGACACCACUAUUUCUUGCUGCAACCAAUGGCCACAAGGCUGUAGUUCAAGCUCUCUGUGAGCUGGAGGCGUCUGUAAAUAUCACAGACGAUUACGGCCGUACGCCGUUAAUGUUUGCGGCUGCAAAUGGUUUCGAAGGUAUUGUUGAAGUCAUUUGUGACAACGGGGGAUCCGUUGAUGCCAAAGAAGAACAUGGCCGAACUGCAUUGUUGCUUGCUGCAGCCAAAGGACAUACAGGCGUGGUAGCCUUUUUACAUAAAAAUGGGGGGUCCAUCAAUGUCGAAGACAGCUUUGGUCGAACGCCGCUAUGGUACGCUGCUAAUAAUAAGAGGGAGUCUACAUUUUCGUUUCUACAACUUAACGGAGCUUCAUGUGGUAACCCCAGGACUAGGACAUAA